GAACAUAUUUUAUUACACCACCUGUAGUCUGAACAAGGCUCCGAGCUUAGUUUAACGUGCGUUCACUCCGUUACAGUCUUCCAGACUUCACUACGAAAUAUCCUUAGUGAAUAUUAUAUUAUAAUAAUAAUUCAUAGUUUCAAGGCUUCAUUCUGACACCGUUUUCGGAUUGUUUACCGUGUAAGAAAUCGGAUGUUCUGACAUUUUGUGUUUGCUUAUAUCGCGUUUUUGAACGAGCUAUUCAAUUCAUCCUGAUAAAUAAAUAAAUACGUUGGUUUCGGAAAUCGUCAAACCAGACGAGUAAUAAAGCGUUCUCGUUAACCGACUAACUGACCUGAGUACCUAGAGUCUAAUUGAUGUGCUGAAAUGACUUCAGAAAAUGUAAAAGUCAUAGCGAGAUGUCGGCCGAUGAACACAAGGGAACGGGCAUUGAAUAGUAAGAACGUGGUCUUCAUAGACUCAGAAAAAUGUACUUGUUCCAUUGUCAACCCUACGGACAGUUCGGCACCACCGAAAACAUUUACAUUCGAUGGCGUUUACGGACCCGAUUUCAACACGGAACAAAUAUACAACGAUAUUGCGUACCCUUUCAUCGAAGGUAUUCUAGAAGGAUACAACUGUACGGUGUUCGCAUAUGGACAGACCGGAUGUGGCAAAAGUUUUUCGAUGCAGGGCGUAGAUUCUCCACCAAACCAGCGAGGAAUUAUACCAAGGGCUUUCGAACACGUCUUUGAAGCAAUAUCUGUGACGGAUGACGUGAAAUUCUUGGUACUCGCAUCUUACAUCGAAAUCUACAACGAAGAAGUGAGAGAUCUAUUGAGUUCGGAUACCAAGCGUAAACUGGAGUUGAAGGAGAGUCCCGAAAGAGGAGUCUAUGUAAACGAGUUAUCUCAUCAUGCCGUACAAGACGUGAUCGAGUGUCAAAAGUUAAUGGAAAAAGGGUGGAGGAAUAGAGCAACAGGUGCUACUAUGAUGAAUGCCGACUCGUCCAGAAGUCAUUCGAUUUUCACAAUAUCCGUAGAAAUGAUGUCGAUGUCACAAGAUGUGGAAGACAUAAAAUCAAUCAAGCGAGGUAAACUGUGUCUGGUUGACUUAGCUGGUAGUGAACGACAGGCAAAAACUGGAGCCUCAGGCGAUCGUCUCAAAGAAGCUACGAAAAUCAAUCUCUCUCUGUCGGCUUUAGGCAACGUCAUAUCAGCUUUAGUGGACGGUAAAGCCAAACACAUACCAUACAGAGAUUCAAAACUCACCAGGCUACUCCAAGACUCGCUUGGCGGUAACACGAAAACACUUAUGAUAGCUUGUCUGUCGCCAGCAGACAACAACUACGAUGAAACUUUAUCGACACUUAGGUACGCCAAUCGUGCCAAGAAUAUAUAUAACGAACCGCAUGUGAACGAAGACCCCAAAGACACAAUGUUGCGUCAGUAUCAGGAACAAAUAAAAAAACUCAAAGAACUUCUGGAAGCAUCUACUGCACAGUUACCCAUGAGCAACGGCUCAAACGACAUUUCGGAAAAGGAAAAAUUGCGGUUGGAGUAUCAAGAUGAAAUGAUUAAACUUAGAGAAAAAUACCAAGAAGAGUAUAACUCCAAGUGUCAAAUGCAAGCUGAUUUAAAAGUGCUAAAAGAGAAAUACGAUAAAAACUUGGCAAAAAUCUCUAACCAAAAUGAUGAUAGAGCUUCGUCUCCACAACAGAUCGUCGAAAAAGCGUUAAAAAGUAAUCGAGUGGAAUUGAAUUCAUCACAACAAGAAAUACUAAAAAGGUUAAAGAAAUUACAAGAAAGUAUGGUCGGUGGGGAACGUGUUAACGACAAAGAACUUCAGGAACGUCGCCUGCGCAAGAAGAAGUCUGCUGAGAGGCGGUUGAACGCGUUGGCAAAAGCGUUGGCCAAUGUCGAGACCGAAGAGGGACCAAACCUGGUGUUGGGCGUGUACGACGAUAUACAAGAAGAGUUGAGGGUCAAAAACGAAGUUUUGAAGAAGUACAAACAAAAACUGAAAGCGUCUGAUAGGGAAAUAGCGGACAUCCAAAGUGAGUUUGAGAACGAAAGAACGGACUAUCUGGAAACCAUUAGAAAACAGGAGCGUCAAAUCAAAUUACAAAAUCAAAUUUUAGAUAAAAUCGUGCCAACACUUUCGAAAGAAUGCAAUUACAGUAAUCUAGAGAGGUUAAAAGAAGACGCAGAAUGGGAUGAAGAUGCGCAGAGCUGGAUAUUGCCGGACCUGACAAGGAUAAAACUCCCGCCGGCUUCGGGCACGUUAACGCAGUCCACCAACAACACUGCGGCGUUUAACACGUUCGAUAACGCCCGGAGGAAAAUGUCGUUGGGUAUAUUUAACACGUUGGCCGGUCUUUCCUUUGACAAAUCUUCCAGUUCGGAUAGCAGUAGGAGAUCGUCAUCGCCAGACGUGCCCGUCAUAUACGAACAGAAGUAUCAAAAGUCGAACGAAAACGAUUUCGCCGGUAAUUACUUUAAACCAAAACGAGCCACCGAGUUACUGAUACAAUCCCACGGAGAGUCUGGUAGACCAUUCCACAAGUGGAAAGGACACAGACGCAUAUCACCCGAAAACAUCACCAAAAAGCCGAUGAGACUAGAAUCGCUUCCGAUAAUUGGUGACCGAAAAUUACCAAAGAAUACCUUAGACAGAAUUUAAAAAUAAUUUCUGAAACUAAAAAUUAUAAAUACAGAAUACUA